GUUUCUUAAAACAAGAUUAAAAAAUGAUUUUGCUGAAUCAAAUCUUACUUGCAGCCUAUCAACCCUUAAGUUGUAGAGUUCUCUGUUGGUAUUAGGUUAAAUUCUGCUACCAGCCAGCCUCACAAACUCAAAUUUCGUUUUUUUUUUUUUUCUCGGAUUCAGUUGUUCGCUCUGCGAUAACUGGCGAAGUACCUUCAUACUGUGGAUUGCGAGUUACCGAGAGGCCAUGAUUCGGGCGGUGAUUGUGAUGAACACCCAGGGAAAACCCCGGCUCGUUAGAUUCUACGAGUUUCGGCCGCCGGAGAAGCAGCAGGAGUUGAUUCGCAGCAUUUAUGGAGUUCUGAGUAGCAGGGCAGAUAAUGUGAGCAACUUUGUCAAGACAGAUGCAAUUUUUGGUAAAGAUACACGGGCAGUCUACAAGCACCUUGCAACGCUGUACUUUGUUUUUGUUUUCGACAGUUCUGAAAAUGAAUUAGCCAUGCUGGACCUCAUACAGGUUUUUGUUGAGACAUUAGAAAGAUGCUUCAAGAAUGUCUGUGAGCUCGACCUUGUAUUCAAUUUUAGCAAGCUGCACACAAUAUUGGAUGAGAUAAUAUUUGCGGGCCAGGUCCUGGAAACUAAUUCAGAGGAAGUUAUGAAAGCUGUUGAGGAGAUAGCAAGGCUGGAUAAGCCUUCUAAUCCAAUAAGCAUUGUUGCAAAAUCUGUCUCUGGUAGACUUGGCCGGUAGUUUUACCCAAGCUCAGUAACCCAAAUCUAACAGUUGCAUCAACAGGAGCGAAUGGAUUCAGUUCUUACUUCUUUGUGAGAAAGCAGAACUACAGAUGAGUUCUCUAUUUUGAUGAUCUUUUAAUGGAUAAGGCAUGUUCUGCCACUCUUUUACAUAAUAAGCUGUCCUCUUGGAUUACCUUAUCUGUAAGACAUUUUGACUGUAUAAGAUUGUUAAAUACCAACAAAUGUAUCUGGAAAUUUACACUCUUUAUUAUUUUUUCCAAUUUUUUUUAAUAAAA